AUAUUGUGAAAGUAUACAGUCACGAAAUAGAGGAAAAGAAAUAGAUACAGAAGAAGAGUUGACGAAUUUAAAAGUUCCAUUUAGAUCUGAAAAACUGCGUUUGGUUGAAGGUAUAGAGACGCAAAAGUCGUUUCUAUAAUAAAAGGAAGAGUUUUUGUUGAAUUAAACUAAAAUCUGAGCUUUAGGGGAACUAGCAGAACGGGAACUAACUAGAAAGGAAAGGGAAUUAACGUCUCAAGUUCCAUUGAGAUAAAACGGACUUUAUCUGAAGAUUAAACAGUGUCAGUGGGCAGAGGAAAUCGUGAGUUACGAUUUUUGAAGGAACGGACAGAACGGUUUAACAAACGAGAAAUUGAAAACCAUUGCUGGUUAAAAUUCCAGUUGCUACUGGUUAAAAUCAGACUGUAACGAUAUCUCAGUUUAAUAAGGAUUGUCGAGAGUUGGGCGCAAUUGGAAAGAAGAACUGAAACUCAGGAUCGAAUACACGAAAUCGAACAAAGAUCGAGGAGCUUAAAUAGAAACGAACAACCAAUACUGAGGACGAUUCCAUUGGGAAAAAUAUUCUCUCCUCGGGCUAGGAUUACGCUAACGAUAGCUUAGGGGAUAAUUCUGGAAGAGCUAUUGACUACAAGACCAAGGAAGGUCGACUAUAAAGAUUAGUGCAAAGGACGAGAUAUUUAGACAAAACGAAACAGAGAACAAAAACACUCCAGAGGAAAGUACGUUCUACCACUGCAAACACUAUGUUUUCUAAACUUUUCCUUUGCUUGUUAUUGUUCGUGCAUACAGCCAACACGCUGCUUUUUGGAUUAUUCGGUCUACACCGUCGUCUUAAUCACACCGGCACUAAGAUCGGAGCAAGACAGCGAGUGUUGAAUUCACACAAGCGAAUGCCGCAGUACAUGAUACAGUUAUACAAGGAGUUGACGACGGGUGACGACGUUGGAGUGGUGAAGAAAAAGAUGCCUUAUUCUGCGAAUGCUAUAAGAGGACUCAACUCAGGUUAGUGUGUGUUCACUCAAUUAUUUCUCAAACUAAAUCAAUUUUAUUUAUAUACUGGUUAGCUCCAUCAGUUUUAAAUUGGUCUCCCUAGAGGUCUAGUAGUAGGCUAGGUUUAGUAUUUAGGAUAAUCUUAUAUUGAACCAGUACAGGAGGAAACCUAUUAAACUAAACUAACUUUAUUUAUACUCGAUAGCUCUAUCAGUUUUAAACUUCCUAGAGGUCCAGUAAGAACCAUUUCUCAUUGAUCCAGUGUUACUACAGGAGGAAACCUAAACUGAACUAACUUUUUAUUUAUACUCGAUAGCUCUAUCAGUUCUAAACUAGCUGUUCUUCCUAGAAGUCUAGUAAGGUUCAUCUCAUAUUGAUCUUGAGUACAGGGGGAAACCUAAACUAAACUAACUUUAUUUGUACUGGAUGGUUUUAUCAAUUCAGUCUAAACUAUUCUCCGUAGAGGUCGUAGAGCUUAGAGUAAUAAGAUACCAAGAGAAUUCGAUGCUGUUAAAAAAAAUCUACCAAAGCUUCGUUUUUCAACACACUUUUCGGGACAGGCGAUACAUUACUACACGUGACAUUGCCGCACAUUCUUUGCAAUAUAUGUUAAUUAGAGAAAGGAAUUUAUGAAAAAUUGAGGUUUUGUGACUUCAAACGUGGGAGUCGAGUAUAAAGGCAGCAAUUUACAAUAAGCUCGAGUAAUCUAAAACUACUUGAAUGUUCCGAACAAAAUUUGUGCGGAAAUCAUAGAUUGGGAUCUUUGUCAAGCCAUGCAAGAGAUGCCAACAAACGUCAGCACUUAAAUGGUUGAACUUUCUACUCAUUUAAUCGUACGGCAAAGAAUUUAGAAAACCAUUUGGAAAACACAAAUUAAUUGACAUAAUGAAAGUCUAAUAUAUUUAUGGAUCUACAAGAUCUUUCCGAUAACAAACAUAUCCUCCGGCCAUGUUUGACACAAGACGGAAAUAUCCAUAGCGUGACGCAACAUUCUGCUUUGCUCACUUCGGAAGUUUGCGGUUCGUGUAGGUUUGUCUAGUCAUUUAAUUGCUUCUCAUCGUGAUACUGCCAUAAAUGAUAAUAGAUGAAAAUGCAAUAAAUGACAACUGCUAUCUUGCAUUAUCCAUUGCGAAAAUAUUUAUAGGUUUUAGCUAUAUGUAUAUGUAUAGAACAUAUAAAUUACAAAGUUUGUCCAAUCUUGAAGUACAGUACUUAAUUGUCAUUAUACUAGCUGCCAUACGUUCGUGGCUUGUAUCAGUACUGCCUGGAAAAGAUUAAUGACGUUUUAAACGAUGGUAGUUCAGACUGAAAAACUACGACUAAAAUUUAUUGUAGAAUACUAUAACAUGCACUUGACCACCACAUUUGAGAUGUCCUUUUCAGGUCACUUCAGACACAAACCUCGAUAGCUUAUCGUAGAAUAUUACCUACACUGGACCACCACGUUUGACAUAUCUUUUUCAAGUAGUUCAGACACAAACCACGACAGCUUUUAUUUUGAAGAAUACCACCUACACUGAACCACCACGUUUUAGGAAUAUUUUUCAGGGAGCCCAGACACGAAUGAUAGCAGCUUAGCUUUUUUGAACGCUACCUUCACUUGACCCCCACGUUUGAGAAAUUUCCAGGUAGUUAACUACACUUGAGAUAUCUUUUUCAGGUAGUUCAGACACAAUUAAACCACAACAGCUAACUACACAGUCUCUUGACACAGCCUUUUCAGAUAGUAAACUAUAGUUUGUUUUCAAACUGACUCUGGUGGUGAAAUGAUGAAUUAAGUCAUUUGAAGAGAUUAUAUUUUGUUUUUCCUCCUUCUACGAGGACUGCUUUUAAUCAGUUUCCUGCGCCAUUAAUCAUUAUUGAAUGAACACUCAUUUGCUUGGAAUUUCCUCGAUGUUUAAUGACUUUCCUAAUUGCUAGUAUUUACAACUUAACAAAAUAUUUAGCGAUUUUUGUGUUGUUGAACAAUCAAUUAUCACUUGUUACAUGCGUCUCUAGGUAUUCGUCAGUUCCCCCAGAGUGUGUGACGCGUUCACCACGAUGCGGGGGACAACAUGAAAUUUUUCUUAAAUUAAACUACUUUCCUAAGACGUGUUGGUUAAUACGCGUUACAAUAGUUUCCUUAAUUAAUAAGCUAUUGACUAAUCUAAGCUUAGCUAACUUUAAUUAUACUGGAUAGCUCUAUCAGUUCUAAACUGUUCUUCCUAGAGGUCGAGUAAGAGGCGUCCCAUAUUGAUCCUAUGUUACUAUAGGAGGAAACCUAAACUAAACUAACUUUGUUUAUCCUGGAUAGCUCUAUAUCAGUUCUAAAUUGUUCUUCCUAGAGGUCCAGUAAGAAUCAUCUAUUAUUGAUCCAGUGUUACUACAGGAGGAAACCUAAACUAAACUAACUUUAUUUAUUUAUACUGGAUAGCUCUAUCAGUUCUAAACUGUUCUUGAUCACUAAGAAAAAAAUCUGAACUUAUAUCACGGUCUCAAAAAACAGAAUAAAAUAUUAUCGCUAGGACAACUCUAAUUAGCAUAUUUUGCGAAAUAGGUUGAACUUCGUGAAACGAAUGCAAAUAUCAAACAAUACUUUGCGACGAAAGAAACUGAGCGUUAGAAGUACUUAAACUUGUGUAGGUCAAGAGAUUUUCAGGUAAUUGAGGUCACAAUGAUAUUAUGGUACUCUAUUCAAAUUGUAUGGCCAAAUUUGGAAAAUCGAUGUUAUCUGCACUCAAUAAUUCCGCGCAUUUCUUCCAUUGUGUUGCAUGCAAAGACAUAUUUGUUGUGCUCUUGAGUCUCAAGUAUUGCAAGCGGGUGGUGCGUGUGGGAACUGCUCUAUUGAAACAUUCUUCUGCAUGAUGGUAUUCACUGAUAAGGAAUCAUUACAUCCUGGUUGUCAUAAUAACCAGAAAUAUCAAGCUUUAAUUAUACUGGAGAGCUUCAGGGUAGGACAAGAUAGUUUAGCAUGCAACACGAAACAGCUGCAGGAAAUUUUUAGAUUGAAGAUUUAAAACUUGACCAUUUAAAGUGCCUGAUGUGCAUAUUCCACUGUGCGCCAACAAUUUAUUGUUGACAGAAUUUAGUUUCCCUGAAAUUAAAACCAGAUUUAGCACAAAAUACCGUAAAUUUUAUCUCCGUAAAUUUUAUCUCCAGGGAGACUAAAUUAUUUCGUCCAGCACUAGAUAUGGCUUUAUCAGCUCUGGCCUUCAAAUUUAUUUUCUUAUCUCCAAAAAGCACUCAAUUUUUGAAAACAGUAAAUGAGUGGAGAGCAUGCAGAGUCACAGAAUAAAGACAGAAGGUCGACUCAGCCAAAAAAGAGUAACCACUGCCAUGCUAUGAUUCGUCAUCAAAAUGCUGACGCCAUGGUCCUAGCCAGUGCACAUAAGAGAGGCAUUCACUCAAUAUUAUCAGGGGGUGAAUUCCUCUCAUAAACGCACUGGCUAGGACUAUGGCGUCAGCAUUUUGAUGACGAAUUACGGUUAAGCCAAAAUCAUAGGACAAUCCAAGAAGUUUGUCUCUAUUCUGUGAUGGAGAGCUAGCUGUGGGAUUUGUAAACAGAGGAAUGGAACAAAGUACAGUAUUUUUCUUGCCAACCAGAUAUUGUUAUGCCAAGUGUUUUUAGGCCAUAUAUUUAUUUAAUGAUGUCAUAAUUUUGUUUCUAUUUUAAUCGAAAAUUGUUCAUUUAAGUACUUAGUAUGAAUUUAUCCUAACCACAAUGCCAGCCAGAUUACCAGCUAUAAAUAAUGGAUUGUGUUUAUACAAAAGAGCUCUUUAGGCGAAGAUAAGUGCUUCCAGCAGGAUUUUAUCUGCGCGCCCCCAGGCGACAUUCAAAGGCAGACAAUGACAUUGAACUCGAAUCGUAGGCACAAACAUUUUAGGCCAUAAUCCUGUGUUGUCACGUUAAAUAUUAUUAUUAUUAUAAUUAUUAUUAUACAAUAUUAGACACUCCCAGUUGGGCUUUUCUGGAUCUAAUUUCAAAUAUGAAAUUCUUUUUUAUCUGAAACAUCCAAAAACUAAUUUUGAGUUUUGAACUAAGGUAUAACGUAUAGUUCUAGAAUAUUAUAUAAAUCUGUUAAAAAAACAUUUUUAGUUAAGUAUUCUUCUAAAAACAUACGUUUGUAUUCUACUUUAAAAAUGAGUCAAACAAUGAAUAUCAAUGUUUUUAAGAGACUGAGGCGGAGAAUUCCACAAGGACACAGCCCUAUAAUGAAAUGUUCGUUGACAUGCAGCAGCUGAUCUGUACAUUGGAAUAUCCAAAAUAGUGUUCUUUUGCCUUAUUGUAAUUAACGUCAUGAACAUCUGACCUGACAUGAAACUUCUCACACAAAUACGAUGGUGCCAACCCCUUCAAGCAUUUGAACGCAAAAAUGGCUUCUCUUAAUUUUGACAUAUAUUUGACUGAAAGCCAGCCCAAUAUACUGUCCUGGACUUAAAAGUAAGCUGCAUCCACAAAGUGAUAGUGAUCUCUAUUAUUAGAGCAAUGACUAAUGACGCACAUACACUUCAGACAAUAUGCUAUGUCAACACAGGGAUGCUAAAUCCUCCCACAGUUAUUAUUCCACAUGGAAUAUUUUUGGUCAAACAUAAACUUUUCCACGAGUUGUUUAUGCGCGCACUUUACGCGCUCCACAUCAUCAUUGUUGAUUUAAAAAAGACAAAAGAUGAGAGAGUGUUAUAACAUAUAACAAAAAGAAGCUGAUCUUUUUCCAAGCGAUUUGGAAAUUCUGAUUUCAGGAGGAACCAGACAUACUACAGCGCGGUGCUCAGGGGCAUGCGCAAAACAAGUUAACCACAAGCGCGAUGUGACAUACUAUUUUUGAAUAUAUAAACACCAUAGCUUUUGAUUCCGAACAAACUAACAGACUAGUGAACUCACGCAGCGAACAUAAAGCGAUGUCAAACUUUGUUUGGGCACUUCAUUUUCCAUAACAUAAAUUUAACGAUAACGGUUCAUCGCAAAUGUAUCAAGUAGCGCGUAGACGAGUUGUGUGCUUGACACGACUCAAGUUGUAAGCAAGUUACAUGCAACAGUUUUAGGCAAAGGUCCUUUAUAGCUAUAUGGAACUGAUAUUUGAUAACCUGGCCGGCCACGUUUCGGCGCACGAAUAUAUUAUAUAUUUGCGCAAUCGCAUAACUGGAUAAAACCUGAAAUUUUACCUGGAAUAGUUGUGCGCCAUCCAACCACGUACAUAAUUGCUCCUGGUUUACCACAAUUAUCCCUCUGCGUAUACACGCUUGAUCUUUAAUUAUCCCUUUCAAUCUGCCAACAAAAAGUACAUGACGUGAGGCAAAAUUACUGAUAAGCUUACCAAUGACAUCAUGUAUAAUAAUGCAUUGUAUGUUUGUUUUAUGGUAAAUACAUCCUUCCUGACGCGCGGGCCAAAACUGCUCUUAUACUCUAAUCCUCCUACCAGACAAUUUUUGCACAUGAAGGUUAAUCAUAAUGACUUUGUUCUAAAAUUUCUCUAUUUGGCAUUUAUUGAACUUUUCAGUAUACUGAAUAAAGUUUGGGUUUCCUCCUGUAGCAACAUUAGAGGAAGAACAGUUUAGAAUUGAUAAAGCUAUCCAGUAUAAAUAAAGUUAGUUUAGUUUAGGUUUCCUCCUGUAGUAACACUGAAUCAAUAAGAGAUGAUUCUUACUGGACCUCUAGGAAGAACAGUUUAGAACUGAUAGAACUAUCCAGUACAAAUAAAGUUAGUUUAGUUUAGGUUUUCUCCUGUAGCAACACAGAACCGAUAAAAAUAGCUCACAGAAGAAAGGAUUCCUACGUACAUAGUUAUUUUUGCAUCUCGGCAUAAGACCACUUAAUUUUGACAAAAUUAGACAAUGCAUCGAGGAGGUUGUUUUGACAGACGCUGCCAAAUGGCCUCUUCAUUUCAGGAUAUACAGGCGGUGAGGAUUAGAAUAACCUUUCUUGUCUUGUCAACGGAGGGUUUGUAAUUUAAGUAGUUUUAAAAACUUUUUGGUUUUCCUAAAACAAGUUUAUACUGGAUAAUUCUACCAGUUCUAAGCCGUUCUUCCUACAAGUCCAAUAAGGAUCAUCUCUCAUUGAUCCAGUGUUACUACAGGAGGAAACUUAAACUAAACUAACUUUAUUUAUACUGGAGGAAUCUAUGAGUUCUGAACUGUUCUUCCUAAUGGUCUGAGUAUAAGUACAUCUGUUAUUUUUCCAGUGUUACUGGCGGGGGAAAUUGAAGUACUCUGGUGUAAAGCACAAUCGAUUAAGUACUGGUUUGCGGAUAAAAAUAAUGGUAUUAAACACAAAAUUUCAGGCUGAUAUACUUCAAGAUUAUAGCAUAUUUCGUGAGAGUAGUGUUGUCAUGUAAGCCAAAUUUAGCGCAGCGUUUUAUUUAUAAACAUUCACGUUUCCUGCACUUGCGUUAUUAAAGCGAUACUUCCUCUUUUUAGUAUAACACUUCUAUGCAUGGGAUUCAAUCAUUCCUCAGUUUACUUAGAUCAAAGAUUUACGAUGUAACAUAAUGCCAUAGGAUGCAGGGUACGCCUGGAUAUUAAAGAGCACUGGAGUAUUAAAUUUAAACCUUGCCCAAUUUAUGGUUUUAAUAGAACCAUAUUAAAAAUGCGAUGUAACUAGACUUGCAAAAAUUUCAUCAUUCUGUUUAUGCAAACGUUUUCCCGUAUUCUGUCUGGCACGAGUUAAUCCUACAAUGCUAGGAUCUUGUUAUAUAAGGCAUGACCCUUACUGAGCCUUGCCCUUGGGGAGAACAGUUUGGAACUGAUAGAGCUAUCCAGUAUAAAUAAAGUUAGUUAAGUUUAGGUUUUCUCCUGCAGUAAUCUGUAUAGGGAAAACAGUUUUGUACUGCUGGAUAUAGACUACAAAUUGAAGAUUUUGGCGAACUUGCUCUCGUAUCUGAUGUCAAAUGUGGACGAUUAACAUUCUUAGCUAAUUAAACAAAGUCAUUUAUGUGGUGUUAAACUCUUCAUUCAAAAGUACAAAUGGUGAUUAUAGUAUUAAAAUUCACAGCUAAUUGAUACAAAGAAUUUGUAGAGUGCCAACUACUCGAGUCAAAGCACAAAUAGUGAGUAUAAUCUACCAUACACAUGUUCACAUUGAAGUAGUUUGACACCUUUUUCCAAAACAUUUUAAUGAGAUAAUUAGCUGUUGCAAUUAGGUGUUAAUUAUGUGCUAAUUAGGAAGACUUCAACGCUUUGAUGGGCGCUUGAAAAUGGAUGUUUACCACAUUUUAUAACCACUGUAUUUUCUUUGGAAUGAAUUUUGUGAUUGAUUUAGCUUUUUGAACGUUUUUGGUUUCUAAGCCUACUUGUGCAGAAGAGCGGACAAAAUAGUGCUGUUCUCUCAAGCGAUUUUUGCUGUAAUGAUCAUUUGGCAGUGAAUGAGAUACGAGACUAAUUCAUUAAUUAUAAACUUUUGUAUGUUUUAAUGUUCAAAGAGCUGGCUUGGUUUUCUUGGAGGUCCAUAUUACGUACACAUAGGUAAUUAAUAGCUUUAUUAGCAUGACCAUAAAUUUACAGUAUUGCUAAAGCAUUACAAACAAUAUAUAGAAGAAACUAUGAUAAACUAGGACUAUUACAGAUUAUUAUUUGUGGAAUGAUUUAUAAUAGACUAAUACAAUAUUAAGAAGAAUUAAGAGGAAAGAAAGAAGACAAGUAUAUACUAUUUACAAAUAAGGUGGUUAUUACAACCUUUGCUAAUCCGCAUUCCUGGUUUCAAGGUAUUUAAGUCUUUGCUUGAAACAUGAAUACACAAAUUUUGAAAGUUUGGUUAUGAUUUGACUAUCAGUUGACUUCAUUAGAUCCGCUGAUAUUAGAUCCGCACAUAUGUACAGCAAAAAUCAUUUGGCAGCGAAUGCGUUGCAAGGCUGAAGCCGCUUUUCCACAAGAGUGAACCCGCAAGCCCUCUGCGGGAACUUUCAUCCAAUGACAAUGCUCGACAGUUUUAUGUUAAUUAAGUUGGUUUUAUGUUAAUUAAGUUUAUACCUAGGGUUGGUACUGAAGAGAAGCGAAAAACAGUGUAAAUUUUUUAUUUGCCCAACCUCAACAUUAGUCAACAUAAUGUUUACCCAACCCAUGUGUACUGUACUUCAUAAUAAUUAAAGAUUAUGGUGACAAAAAUCAAAGUUGCAUAAAUUCUAAAAGCUCACUCACACUCACACUCACACUCACUGAGUGUGCCAAAGCAAUUACGUUCCUGCUGAUCAAUGAUAGAGUCCUUUCUCAAUCACUGAUGGUCUAUUUUGGUACAGAAUGUAUUGUACACAUUUUUCUUCAUAUUUUCCAAUGCGUGGUAAUUUUGGUUUUAUUUCAUAGCUGACAGACAGCGAUAAUUUUCUUUACCCAACCCAUGAGCUAGUCAAAAACGUGAUUACCCAACCCGUAUUUCUUCGGUGUCAACCCGGGUAUAAAUAAUAAACGGUCCCUAAACGUUUGCGUGCCUCGUAAGCCCUCUUGCACAGAAGAGCAGGAUGUCAUUUCACACGGUUUCUUUUGCGUAUGUAUACAGGAAAAAUCGAAACUUUGUUUCCUUUGGCUGUAUGAUAUGAAAUUUAAUAGUUGCAACGGGCUGUAAGUGAAUUAUACUACAGCAAGAUUUCUAGAUCUAUUUGGCAAGACUGAGUUUCCUUUGUGCAUAAGUGUACGGCAUAUAGUUGUGUUUUCUUUGGCUAGUUUGUUGCUACAAAGAUCUUGUGGCUUUGAAUGAGUUGCGUAGUUAUUAAGUAAUUAAGCUCUCCAUUUUAAUUAAGCCGGCAAAACAUAAGAGGAGUAUGAUUCUUUUGACAAUUGGCGAAUUGCGUUUCUUUGCGUAUACUACAUAUACUGCAAAACUUAGACUGCGAGCAAAACUCAAACAUUUUCUUUGUCGCUAGAUCUUUUGCUCAUUGAAUAAGUUGAGGAUAGACUAUUGUUAUUGCAUGUUUUAGUCUACAAAAGAGCUAGCAUGCCUUAACAAGAUUUCCUUGAAACGAAGCUUAGUAAUUAGUCACUUCCUGUAGUAAUAAUAUAAGAUCAAUCUUUAAGAACAAUCCUUACUGGACCUCUAGGGAGAACAGUUUAGAACUGAUUACUGAUAGAGCUAUCCAUUAUAAAUAAAGUUAGUUUAGUUUAGGUUAAUUUCCUCCUGUAGUAACACUGGAUCAUUAAGAGAUGAUCCUUACUGGACCUCUAGGGAGAACAGUUUAGAACUGAUAUAGCUAUCCAGUAUAAAUAAAGUUAGUUUAGGUUUCCUCCUGUAGCAACACUGGAUCAAUAGGAGAUUAUCCUCACUGGACCUCUAGGAAGAACAGUUUAGAACUGAUAGAGCUAUCCAGUGUAAAUAAAGUUACUUUAGUUUAGGUUUCCUCCUUUAGUAACACUCGAUCAAUACAAAGAGAUGAUCCUUACUGGACCUCUAGCGAGAACAGUUUGGAACUGACAGAGCUAUCCAGUAUAAAUGAAGUUAGUUUAGUUUAGGUUUCCUCCUGCAGUAACAUUGAAUCAAUAACUACUAUUACACGAAUACUGAAGUACUAUAAAAACACGAGCCGGUGUGCUUUAUCAAAUAUAAAAUACUAGAGUGCAGCUCGAGUGAUUUCUUUUGUAUUUUCCUCAUGAAUUAUUAAUGCCUUUUUAAAGGAAUAAUCCUUACUGGACCUCUAGGGAGAAUAGCAAUUUAGAACUGAUUGAUGUAGUUUAGUUUAGGUUUCCUCCUAAUCGUAUUACUCCAUAUAAAUAAUAUUGUCAUUACACCCCUAUAUUUCAUAGACGUAUUAAUUAUCCUAUAAUUUUCCUGUUUUUGUCUUUAUGACUUUAAAACUGGAUUAAACUAUUACAAGCAACCGCGGUGGUCAAUUCCCUUAAGAAAAUCGGGGAAAUUAAAAUGAGGAUUUGCGCAAAUUGUCCUGCCAAAUUACAAUUACACACUCCCGCUGUGGUUCGUUGUGUUUGCUUGAAAACAAACUGCCCGACAAUUGUGUGCAUUUACUAAUUAGAAGAAAGACUUUCGCUAGGGGCAUCGAAGAAUCGUUUAAUUUUCGAGUUGGGACACAAAUCACGGCAGGUUAUUGUAGCAUACACAAGACCACCACGUCUAAGACUUUGUUUAGCGACAGGCGCAAUUUCCUGCACAAAGUUUCUAUAUUGGUUUACUGUUAAAUUGGUGGUUAAAUUGGUUUAUUUGUAAAUAUUUCCUUUCUGGGAUUUUAGUGCUAUUUCAGAGGCGUAGUUGACUAUAAAAACCACCCAAGUCGAAAUUCCCUGAAGUAAUUAAAAUAAAUAACGAUUAACUAGUAACUGUGCCAGAAACAUCUUCAUGUAGACUUGCCUACAGGCUACAGGUCUAAUCUUCAUGCAACGUCGUGGAAAACAAUUACGCACGCUGUUCAGCAGACCCAUAUUUUCCGUUUUAAAAUAUGGAUCUGCAAGCAGGGAACUACCCUGUAUUGCACAGUUCACUGUAUUGCGCAGAGGAAACUUGAUAAACUUAGGGAGGCCCGAUUCACGAGGCGCUACCAUGGUUGGCGUCUUGGCGCUGAUUGGGAAAAUUUCGAGCCUCUACGGAUCGUCAGAAAUGGGAAUCUCAGAAUCUUAUCAACCCCUUUCAACAAUAGACAACUUGCAUGUUAGACUAAUUUUUUAUUUAGGAAAAAAAAGUAAAUUCCCGUAAAGAACUUAUUAAAAUUAGUAGAAUUGCAAAAUUUGGUUACGAAAUGUUGUAAAAUACAGAAAAUAUAGCCUUGCGAAGUUUGCAUAUUUUCAGUAUGUUUGUAUUACGUGCGGAAAUUGUUACCAGUUUUGAGCCGAAAAUGGUAACAAUUUCCGCACGUAAUACAAAUAUACUGAAAAUAUGUAAACUUCGCAAGGCUAUAUUUUCUGUAUUUUACAACAUUUCGCAACCAAAUUUUGCAAUUUUACUAAUUUCAUUAUGUUCUUUUUAACUGUUGUGUUUGAUUCCCUUCUCUUUGCUUAGAUUAAAAUUUAGUCUAACAUGCAAGUUGUCCAUUCUUUCGGCGAUCUUCAUUACGAUUUGUGAGUUUGUGCUGUCCGUGAGUCAGGAUGGUUUGUUAUUAUUAAAAGGUCGAUCAGCGCAAUUUUUUAAAUUCAAUUUUUUUUUGGGGUGGCGGCCUUUAUAGAAUAUUGGUGGAGGUGCGGACCCUCGCUCCUCCCUGCAUCCUACACCCAAUUCCUAAUGUUGCUGUAACAUUUAGCAUUCUCCUAACACACAUUUCAACUUCUUUUACUAGCCACUACAGUUUUAUCCAAUUCCAGCAUGAAAAUCUACUUCGACCUUGGCUACUUCAAGAACGGCAUGGCGGUGAACCGUGAUGAGGUGCACCUGCACAUGUCCCCCCCUGAUCCAGCUGACAGAAACAGCUUCAAGCCGUUUGUACUCCGAUUAAACGAUAUCCACACAAACAAAUUGAUCAGGAAAUACAAAGUACCCGCGUUUAACCAAGGCUGGCAAGUAUUGUCGUUGAACAAAUGGACGAAUACGUGGGUCAAGAAUUCGAGCUCGAACAAAGGGGUACUGAUCACCAUACAUCGCGGGGGUGGAGGAAAGGAGGCGAAUAAGAACCCGUUUAUUAAGUUCCCGAGUGGUAACGACCCGUACAUGAUUAUAUACACAAGCGAAAGAGUCCAAACCCUGAUGGCAUUGAGAUUCCUUAUUCAAAACGCGCUAAACUCUGUCUCCGGAAACACGCAAGGAAGCCAGCAAUCACAAGGUGGUCAGCGGUUGACACGUGAUCUGAGCCAUCGAUCACAAGGUGGUCGGCGGUUGGCACAUCGUCUGAGCAGGCGAUCACAGGGACAGCACGUGACACGUAAUACGAGCCAGCAAUCACAAUGCAAAGCGGUUGAAACGGACAAGAACCUGACGGACUUAAAAGUGAAUGGUCGCUCUGUCAUCAUUCACCCAAAAGUUUAUAAGAUGUUUAAUUGUUCCAAUUCGUGUAUCAUGCGACCAGCGAGAGGUUACUUUCAUACGACUCCAAAUAAUGGUCCAAGUAAGGAGAAAUACUGUUGCGUUCCAACAAAACGUCUUGAUCUGAUGGUGUUACUAAAAGAUCCUCUCACAGGUGAUAUCGAAGUCCAACUAUUGAAGAAUUUUUUGCCGACUGGAUGUAUGUGGUCAAAACAAUAAUCUCUCUCUCCUCUCCACAGCGACUUUAGUGGAAUUUGUAGUAUAUAGAGCACAUAGUUAAAAGCCCAUUUUCCACUAGGCAAAUUUGUUCGCGCAAAGCGCAAAUCUUGGCAAUGUGAUUGGUCAGCGAAAAAGCUGGAUCAGUUCCUACUUUUUUACUGUUCGCGCAAAAAAAUUCGCCUAUUGGAAAAUGAGAGACCAGUGAUAUUUAAAGAGUGAAGGACAAUGUCUGUAGUAAAUAAACCCUCAGGGGAUGAAAGAAUGCACGGUAAAUUUGUGCGCCAGCCCAUCACCCCUCUAAAAAUCACUAGUCGCUGAACUCCGAGGAAAGAGAACUUGAGCAAAUAUAUGAUCAUUUCAUGGUGACAAUAAACUGUUUUGGUUUGAUGUACAGUACAACUGUAAGACGAUGAACCAGGACCUACGGUUAUACUAAGAUUGACAAUGAUUUGGCAUCAGACUUAACAUAUAUUAUAUUCUAGCAUAGUCUAUCUCAAGAUAUGAUGGUCUGGAAACUGCAUAGAAGGCAUUGUGUUAUGUUUUUGUGUCUGAGUUUAUGUUAAUUUGUGCAACGGUGAUUGAGCUCAUUGUAUUUUCGUAUAAUGAAGUAAUCGUCCAAUAGACCCAUUGCACUGACGUCACAAAUCCUUAGAGUGUCCUCCAGAUGCUCCCUAACAAUAUCUGUCCGGGUACAACAACCACAUACAGCGCAAAAAAUAACCAUUUUAAUACAAAAUUGUUAUAAAGUUUUACAAAAUUUGCUCUGUUUACAAAAGUUAUAUUAUGCAUGGUUGCUAAUUUGUCUUCCAGAUGCAUCACUGGCGCUGUGACGUCAUGUACAAUGGGUCUAUAGGGAUAGCUGAGAUGAAACGUACAACCACGAUGAAUAAUAUUUAAUGAAGUUGAGACAAAGGAUUUGUGCACGGUGACGUACAGUUCAACAACACACAGAAGUCUUCUAUUUUGUGGCUUUGAAGUUUGCCCGGCUUCCAGACCAUCACAUCUUGACAGACUAUGAUUCUAGGGAUAUGCUAAAUUUUAAUAGUUAUGUCUGGCAAAUCAUAGUUAUACGUGACAUUAUUAGGCAUUCCACAAUAUCAGACAUUUCACUUUGGGAUAGGAGGUAACAAAGCUUGUUGCCAUAAUGCUUUGAGAUCAUUAAGAAACCCUUUACCAUCUGUUCCAGACAGCGCGGUUGCUUCAAUAUAAACUAUUGAGUUGACUACUUGACAUGAAUUUUAGUACUCUACCUAAAAUUUGAAAUUUUUAAAUACUGCUAUGAUGGGUUGUAAAGGUAGCGAGGUACACAUUCUGGAGUGGAGGUUUAUACAUGUAUGUCAAAAAUAUAUUAUUAUUAUUAUAUAAAACUUAUUGCAAUGCAAUAAAAUCUUG